AUGUCCUCCACUAAUAAUAACCCCAAAAUUCUUUUAAAGAGGACACUUUCUUUAAAGGAACAAGCAUCACUUAUACUUUGUGUGGACACAUUGGCACAGAGCAGCAGAUAUAUUAUUGAUGAAUUCAUUUACAAUAUCUCUGAUGAGGUACCGGUAGUUUUUGUUUCAUUUGAGACGGUCACAGCUCCAAAAUAUGCGAAACAGUUCAUCGAUGCAUCCGGAAAGAGUGUCAAGCAACUAAUAGCAGCUAUACAGCCAUAUCUCCCACAGAAGGAGGAGAAAGCGCCCAGGAUGCACUUGUUAAUAUUUGAUUCUUUGAACUACAUUCCAUCUGAGCAAUUGACUCAGUUUAUUUCGACUAUAGCUGCGCCUUUUGUGACUAUUCUGGCGACAUACCAUCAGUCUAUUCCUUUAUGGAGGUCUUCGGAGUUACAGAACUACCCAACAUCGAGCCAGCUCCUCCAGUUCAUCUCCAACACAGUAAUAGAAGUUUCUCCUAACACACAACUUGAUGAGGAUGAUUUAGACUCGGAAUUGGCAAGGUUUGUGAUACCAAGGAAUUUGAACAGCAACACAUACUAUAUAACUGUGGUGAACAAGAGGAAGUCCGGGAGGGAGGUGAAAAAUAAGUUCUUAAUCAACUCGAAAACUCACGAGUAUGAGUACUGCAUUGAGAAAACGACUUCGUCUUCAGAGGAGACUCCGGAACUUUUCGAUGGUUUGACCACUUUCAACUUAAACACUUCAGAAAAACAGAAGUUAGCAAAGGACCAAGUGGAUUUGCCGUUCUUGGAAGCCCAAUCUUUCAACAGCGGUGGUGCUAUUGUGUAUGAGUUCGAAAAGGAUGACGACUACGAUGAAGAAGACCCAUAUGAGGAUCCUUUCUAG